AGGAAUGGCAGCUAAAUAGAGAAAUUAAGUGUUAUGUGGUUUGCUUUGUUUGCAGAUCCAAUCCAAAAUGUAAAACUAAAUGCACCAGUGACCUUUGUCAAAGAAGGUUACGCCUAUAAUUUAACAUGCAAUGUAACUGGACCUGCUGACUACAUUUACUGGAUGAAGAAUGGGCAGAGACUGCAUGAAGACAACAGGACUUUUUUCCACAAGGAUAACGAGACAGUUGAGAUUAAUCCAGUAAAGCGAUAUGACACUGGAAACUACUACUGUUUGGCUAUUAAUGCUGCUGGAAACAUGCCCAGCGCUAUUUACAUGCUCGUUGUCAUCUAUCAAAUAGAAAAUGUGGAAGUAAAAGCACCAAUGAUGCCGGCCAUAGAAGGUUAUUCAUAUAACUUAACAUGCAAUGUAACUGGACCUGCUGAAUACAUUUACUGGAUGAAGAAUGGGGAGAUACUGCAUGAUGAAAACAGAACUGUUUUCUACAUGGAAAAUAAGACACUCCACCUCAGUAUGGUGGAGCGCUAUGAUAAUGGAAACUACUGCUGUAUGGCUAUUAAUGCUUUUGGAAACAAGGCCAGCCCUGCUUAUAACCUCAUUGUCAAUUGUGAGUAUAUUAGAAUGUAUAGAAUGUAUGCUACUAAAUGGUUCAAUGUCAAUGGUGCAUCACCUUAAAUUAGGUAAAUCCAUUGUAUUUCGGUUCUUCAGUUGGG